UGUUUUUGUGAUUUUACGGUAAUGUUAUCUCUUGGGUGGGUUAUUGCCACAGCCUCAUAUCUGGUCUCUGACUUCCACCCUUGACCGCCUUUCAUCUCUUUAUCAACAGAGCAGCUAGGGUGGCCUUGUUACAUGAUCAUGUAAAUCAUGAAAGAAAAGAUCAUAUCAUAACCCACUGACCUCACUGUAUUAGCAUACAAAUGAAAGAACUUGCUAGAAGCAAGUGAUCUAGAGAACUCCUGGUCUCAUGUAGGAAACGCUGUUGACUGUGCUUGAAACUCUAAAAGUAUUUAUUUUGUCUCUUUAAUUUCUUGAUCAAAUGAUUGCUUUGAAUUCACUAUUUUAGUGCUGAGCAUCUAGAAUCAUAGGGAUCCUUAAAAACCGAAGAGGCCCACGAGCUAGAGAGGAACUGGAGAGAUUAAAUGUGUCAACGAUUCUUGCUUUAAUGCCCUUAACUCAAAGCACCUUUAAAGCGACAUAUGGAAAAGAAAGAAGUUCGUUCAAGUCACCGCCUAUUUGAAUUUAUCCCAGUGAACAACAACUGGAUUCCAGAUUCCUCCGGCGCAAUCCCGAAUUCUGUAUUCUCUGCCGCUCGUCGUCCUCACCCUCUGAGGUCGCAGGGAAUGUUGCAAACUACGACUCCUAACCUUUGAAGGGAGAGCACUUUCCCCGCGCGCAGGCAGCGCGGCCGGGGAAUCUCGCCACCAGUGGGCGUUUAGCGCAGCCAAGCGACAGGCUGGUGCCAGGGCUCAGCAACAGGGAGGCGUCGGCUGAGGCGGGGAGAACUUUGAGCUCGGAGCAGAACCACCCUUUGCUGUCCAGUCGCCUCGCUCCUCCGAGGAAGCCAGCGGCGGCGGCGACUGGGCGGAAAGAGGACGAAAGGAAGAGAGGAAGAAGCGAGGGAAGAAGAAAGAUGAAGCCAGCGCUUGGGGGAGCCUGCGAUGCGGUGGUCCACUGUGGAGCAAGGUGGAUUUGGCUCCUUUUCCGCGCCCCGGGCGUGAACGCUUUCUCCUUCGAGACCCCAAGAAAAUAAGUAGGUCUCGCCUGGGUGGAAAAGGAAGAGAAAAGAAUCCAAGUGAGCGCGUUGCCUCCUCGGUCACCUGCCCCCUAGGACUCCGGAGACUUGUCAGCCCAGCCUCCCCGAGGGGCCAGACGCACGCAGUGCCCGAGCAGCCCUGCAGAUGGGGCAGGUAGGGAACAGGCGCCCCAGCCGCGGGUGAGCGGCACCCGCCCGCUCAAGGACCGGGCGGGAAAAGGAUGAGAGGCGCACGGACCCGGGAGCGGGAUCUGACACUGCCGAGGGCGCGCUAGGCUGCCACUUGGAUGGCCUCGAGACCGCUCCAGCUCCUGGGACCGCUUCACCGCGCCGAGUGAGCUGUGCGCUGCAACUGGGGGCGGAGACCUUAGGCGGCGGCUGCAGGGGGGGCGAGCCAGGCGCAGGAGGGGGCGCGCUUUCUCCCUGCGGGUCUCAGUAAUGAGGAGACUGAGUUUGUGGUGGCUGCUGAGCAGGGUCUGUCUGCUGCUACCGCCGCCCUGCGCACUGGUGCUGGCCGGGGUGCCCGGCUCCUCCUCGCACCCGCAGCCCUGUCAGAUCCUCAAGCGCAUUGGGCACGCGGUGAGGGUCGGCGCGGUGCACUUGCAGCCCUGGAUCACGGCCCCCCGCGCAGCCAGCCGCGCUCCGGACAGCAGCCGGGCAGGCGCCCAGCGGGAUGAGCCUGAGCCAGGGACUUGGCGGCCCCCGGCGUCCUGGCCCGGCGCGCGCUGGUUGGGGAGCGCCUUGCAUGGCCGGGGGCUGCCGGGUGCCCGAAAGCCCGGAGAGGGCGCCAGGGCCGAGACCCUGUGGCCUCGGGACGCCCUCCUCUUCGCCGUGGACAACCUGAACCGCGUGGAAGGGCUGCUGCCCUACAACCUGUCUUUAGAAGUAGUGAUGGCCAUCGAGGCGGGCCUGGGCGAUCUGCCGCUCUUGCCCUUCUCCUCCCCUAGCUCGCCGUGGAGCAGUGACCCUUUCUCCUUUCUGCAGAGCGUGUGCCACACUGUGGUGGUGCAAGGGGUAUCGGCGCUGCUCGCCUUCCCCCAGAGCCAGGGAGAAAUGAUGGAGCUCGACUUGGUCAGCUCCGUCCUGCACAUUCCAGUGAUCAGCGUCGUGCGCCACGAGUUUCCGCGGGAGAGUCAGAAUCCCCUUCACCUACAGCUGAGUUUAGAAAAUUCAUUAAGUUCUGAUGCUGAUGUCACUGUCUCAAUCCUGACCAUGAACAACUGGUACAAUUUUAGCUUGUUGCUGUGCCAGGAAGACUGGAACAUCACCGACUUCAUCCUCCUUACCCAGAAUAAUUCCAAGUUUCUCCUUGGGUCUAUCAUCAACAUCACCACCAACCUCUCCUCCACUGAGGAUCUCUUGAGCUUCCUGCAGGUCCAGCUUGAGAGCAUUAAGAACAGCACGCCCACAAUGGUGAUGUUUGGCUGCGACAUGGAGGGUAUCCGGCGGAUUUUUGAAAUCACCACGCAGUUUGGGGUAAUGCCCCCUGAGCUUCGUUGGGUGCUGGGGGAUUCACAGAACGUCGAGGAGUUGAGGACAGAAGGUCUUCCCUUGGGACUCAUUGCUCAUGGGAAAACAACACAGUCAGUCUUUGAGUACUAUGUGCAAGAUGCCAUGGAACUGGUUGCAAGAGCUGUGGCCACAGCCACCAUGAUCCAGCCAGAACUUGCCCUCAUUCCCAGCACAAUGAACUGCAUGGAUGUGGAGACUACAAAUCUCACUUCAGGACAGUAUCUGUCAAGGUUUCUAGCCAACACCACUUUCAGAGGCCUCAGUGGUUCCAUCAAAGUAAAAGGUUCCUCUAUCAUCAGCUCGGACAACAACUUUUUCAUCUGGAAUCUGCAACAUGACCCCAUGGGAAAGCCAAUGUGGACCCGCUUGGGCAGCUGGCAGGAGGGAAAAGUUGUUAUGGACUAUGGAAUAUGGCCGGAGCAGGCCCAGAGGCACAAAACCCACUUCCAACACCCAAGUAAGCUACACUUGAGAGUGGUUACCCUGAUCGAGCAUCCAUUUGUCUUCACUCGGGAGGUAGAUGAUGAAGGCUUAUGCCCUGCUGGCCAACUCUGCCUAGACCCCAUGACUAAUGACUCUUCCAUAUUGGAUGACCUUUUUAGUAGCCUCCAUAGCAGUAAUGAUACAGUGCCCAUCAAACUCAAGAAGUGCUGCUAUGGAUAUUGCAUUGAUCUGUUGGAAAAACUAGCAGAAGACCUGAACUUUGACUUUGACCUCUAUAUUGUUGGGGAUGGAAAAUAUGGUGCCUGGAAAAAUGGGCACUGGACUGGACUGGUGGGUGAUCUCCUGAGUGGGUCAGCCCACAUGGCAGUCACUUCCUUCAGCAUCAAUACUGCACGAAGCCAGGUGAUAGAUUUCACCAGUCCCUUUUUCUCCACCAGCUUGGGCAUCUUAGUGAAGACCCGAGACACAGCAGCUCCCAUUGGAGCCUUCAUGUGGCCACUCCACUGGACAUUGUGGCUAGGGAUUUUUGUAGCUUUGCACAUCACUGCCAUAUUCCUCACUCUGUAUGAAUGGAAGAGCCCCUUUGGUCUGACUCCCAAAGGGCGGAAUAGGAGUAAAGUCUUCUCCUUCUCUUCAGCAUUGAAUGUGUGUUAUGCCCUCUUGUUUGGUAGAACAGCAGCAAUCAAACCCCCAAAAUGCUGGACUGGAAGGUUUCUAAUGAACCUUUGGGCCAUAUUCUGUAUGUUUUGCCUUUCUACAUACACGGCAAACUUGGCAGCUGUCAUGGUGGGUGAGAAGAUCUAUGAAGAGCUUUCUGGAAUACACGACCCUAAGCUCCAUCAUCCGUCCCAAGGCUUCCGCUUUGGAACUGUCCGGGAAAGCAGUGCUGAAGAUUACGUGAGGCAAAGCUUCCCAGAGAUGCAUGAGUACAUGAGAAGGUAUAAUGUACCAGCCACCCCCAAUGGAGUGGAGUUUCUGAAGAAUGAUCCAGUGAAACUAGACGCCUUCAUUAUGGACAAAGCCCUUCUGGAUUAUGAAGUGUCAAUAGAUGCUGACUGCAAACUUCUUACCGUGGGAAAGCCAUUUGCCAUAGAAGGAUAUGGCAUUGGGCUCCCACCCAACUCUCUGCUGACCUCCAAUAUAUCCGAGCUAAUCAGUCAAUACAAGUCCCACGGGUUUAUGGACGUGCUGCAUGACAAGUGGUACAAGGUGGUUCCCUGUGGCAAGAGAAGCUUUGCUGUCACCGAGACUCUGCAAAUGGGCAUCAAACACUUCUCGGGACUCUUCGUGCUGCUGUGCGCAGGAUUGGGUCUGUCCAUCUUGACGGCCAUUGGUGAGCACAUAGUGUACAGGCUGCUGCUUCCACGAAUCAAGAACAAAUCUAGGCUGCAGUACUGGCUCCACACCAGUCAGAGAUUACACAGAGCACUAAAUACAUCAUUUGCAGAGGAAAAGAAGCCGCGUUUCAAGACUAAGCGUGUGGCGAAGAGGUCCAACGUGGGACCCCGUCAGCUCUCCGUGUGGAAUACUUCCAAUCAAGGUCACGACAACCAACGAAAAUACAUCUUCAGUGAGGAGGGAGGACAAAACCAGCUGGGUGUCGGGACCCACCAGGACAUCCCUCUCCCUCCGAGGAGAAGAGAGCUCCCUGCCUCACUGACCACCAACGGGAAAGCAGACUCCGUACAUGGGGCGCGGAACUCAGUGAUGCAGGAGCUCUCGGAGCUGGAGAAGCAGAUUCAGGUGAUCCAGCAGGAGCUGCAGCUGGCCGUGAGCAGGAAAACGGAGCUGGAAGAGUAUCAACGGACAAAACGGACUCAUGAGUCCUAGCUGAUGCCGCCCCUCCCCUUUGUCGGUUCCUGGCCUUCCUCUGAGCCCUUGAGACACUUUGUAAUGUUCUUUUGUAACCACUGACAAAGGUGUGGGGACUCUGAGGUCUAAGUCUUCUUAGAGGUCAAGUCUGUGCUCCCCAGCCUAAAAAGGCAGCCCCAGCUCUCCUCAAGCUCGCUCCCUAGGUCUCCAGGGUAACAGCCUUUCAGAGCAGGAAUCUCAAAUUAGUCAGGAGUGAGCACAGCAUAAGGGAUCUGUGAACUACCAGACAACCCCAGCUCCUGUUAACCUUUUCACCGGGUGCCACAGUACUAUUUCUGGUUUUUAACCCUUUCUCAGCACUAACAACAAGAGAUAAAAAGAACUGUUAGCCAGACCCGUGUCUCACUAGGUUGUCGGCUUCAUUCUCAGUAUAGAACAGGACUAUCCAGGGUUGUGGUUUUUGAUACAACUCCCCAGGCUAGAUUUGUUCCUGCAUUCUGAAUGAGGAACAGGGUCAGAGCUAGAGAAACUGCGGACAGGGAAGUGGGUGCUUAAAAACAUCACCUGAACUCAUUAGUAUUACAGCAGGCAAGGACGGAUCGGAUUGGGUAGGAGCCGUGAUUCUGAGAACGUCCUAGCUGUCUGACACCAUCCUGAUUAACAUUUAGUGGGAACCUGUUUACAUGCCACUAUGAAAGGGGACAGGGAUGUGGCGAAUAAGAAGAGAGGGCAGGCCAAAGAGGCGUUAAAAAUGUCCACCUUGCUUUUAGAACAAAGCUCUGGGCUGGAAAAGCAAUUUGACUAAGAAAUGAACAGGACUGUACUUGUAAUGUAACUGAGCAUCUCCACUGCAGUGCGUGCCUUUUGUAAAAGGGAGAGAGAGGAAAACAAAACAAGGGCGUGGCCCGAGGACGACACCAGAAUAUCCAGGCUUACCGCAACUGUGGGUUCAGUGAAAAUGUUUCGCAAGCCCCAUACGAGGCCGUUUUCAGGUCAGGAGUCACCUAUCUCUUGGAUCAAAACAUCCCAAAAGUGAACCUCAAGCUUGUGAACAUCACAGGCUCCACCAUUCAGAAAUGUGCCCUGUGCUUCUCAUACCUGUCUUGAUAACAACCAAGUCAGUCUCCCAGCCUCACACCCACUUUCCUCUGAGGAGCUCUGAGGAGCUACGAACAGAUUUGGUCCCUCCAAUUCCCUCCCAGGCCCCAUCUAAUGCCCUUAAAGAUUGCUGUUGGUCACGUGGCACCCCUCUGCCCAGGCAUCCCUUCCCCACUGGACAGCUGCUUGGACACGCAGGAAGGCAAAGGGCUCUGGGAACUACGGAACUUCAGUUCCCAAUGUUAGUGUAGACAGGAAUCAUCCAGGAACUCGUCAAAAUGCUGAUUGACAGGACCCUUCCCCAGACAGUGGGUGGGGGCCAGGGGAGAGAUUAGAGGUGAGCUCCCAGGUGCCUGACCCAUGUGGUUCAAAAAUCACCCUUCAAGAAACACUGUUCAAGAAGUGUGACUGUUGCAGGCAGUGGGAGAAGCAAAAAGAGCUUUUUCGAGUUUUUUAAAAGCUUCCACGAGUACCUGCUGAUUCAUUCACUUUCUGUACAGGCCCUUCCAGUCCCAGGCACCAUUGAGGACUAGACUUCCUUGCUUUUCAAUUGUUUGCUUUAUCUUCUCAGUACGCUUUGCUGUGCCCCAGUCCAUCUGCAGGCCCACCAUGAGUUGGCAGCACUGUGCCAAGCUCCGGGGCCCUGCAACAGCUGCCGAUGCUACAAAGGUACAGCCUACUUUUGAAUGGAGCCCCUGCAUUCCCAGCAAGAGCUACCCAGGCUCCCAAGGAAAGAUAACACCCUAAGCUGUACUUAGGUAACAUUUCAGCAGUUAGUUAAUUGUCUGAGAGAACCCAGGGGUGGAUGUAGACACGGGGAUACCGAUGAGGGAGGUGGGAGGGUUCUAGAGGUAGACUUCAUCGACCUCACAGAUGAAACAGUUCAGCAGGGAGGGAACAGGUGAGCCUGGAAAGAGGAAGGACAUGUGCUUUGAAAUGCCCUAUCUUCCCACGUUCUCACCCCAGGCCCAGAGGAAGGUUUGCAACUGCCUUUGAAAGAUUAGGCUCCUCAGCUGCCCCACCCUCGCCAUCUGCAACAGCUAAGGAUGCCGCAGAGACUCUGCCACAGUGCUCCGCGCACCCCUGCCCUCUGAGCAGCCUGGAAGGCUCGUGUACAGGCGUACCUCAACUCACAGAACAGCCAUGCUCCUAACGUUGUUCGUGGACACUUUUAUAACUCAUCUCCUGACUGUACUUGAGAAGCUGGCUACUUAAAGGAACCCAGAGGUGAAUUCUUUUGUAAAGAAUCCUUUUGUAAUGCAAUGAAUUAUCCCUUAAUGUAUCUGUUUUGUAAGUUUGGAUUUUUUGUAUAUCGGGUUUACCUUAAGCUUCUCUACUAAGGCAUUCUGAGCAGUGGUGAUAACACGCCAGACCGCCCUGCCUCUCCACGAGCUGGAGGACCAGUGCACAGCUCCUCCAGUACCCUCUGGGGAACUGCUUGGCCAAAACCGUGGCCAGGAUGAGGCAAGAAGCAGCAGGGGCUGAAAGCAGGCUUGCUGCUAUCAACACUGCUUGAAAGGCCUCCUGGUUCGGGGUAAAGAAAAACAAAGCUUAAUUGCUUGUGGUGAAAUGAAGCUGUCUUCAUGUUAAGUAGCAAUGGUUAUUUUUAUCGGUAGUGAUUGAACAGUGUUUUUGCAAUUUGUGAAACAGUAUGUUGUGUUUUGUAAAAAGAUUCCAUGAAAUGGUAGGUCCUUUGAAAACCUUCCUUUUGCCCCACCUCUUUUGCCCCACCUCUGUUCUCUCAGCUCUCCUCUGGCUCAAAAAACACCAAGCUCAGAAGUCCUCAGGUGGAGGUGGUAUUGUGGUGAGGAAGGAUGCCAAGGAUGCUGCAACCUUGCCUCCUCUUGUGGGCUGCUACUCAUGAGAUGAGGAAGGCCAUUCUGGUCUGAGCUCUGGUGCUGGGAAACCUAGAACGUGACAUGUUCGUGUCACACGCCCCCGGCCCUGUUUUCCAAGGCAGAAUUCCUGGCACUGGAAGCCCACAGUAAAGUAUGACUGAGCAUGUUAGAACAGAUGGGUUCGUGUAAAUAAUUGUCAGGGCCCCAGAGCAUGGAUGCCUCAAGGGAGAGGACAGGGGAUUCCUCCAACAGUUAAAGCCAAGCUGGAGGAAGGACAAGGACAGACAAGUGAGGUAGCCACAGGGACCCUAUCAGUCGAGGUCUGUAAUGUGCCUGGAGGUGACUCUCCACUGUUGGAUCUUGCUGUUGCACAAACCCUAUACAGCACCUGCUGCUUCUGUGCCAACCAGAGAAGUGUAAGUGGCUCAGCUGCCGAGGAGAAUGGAGCUUUGUCACGUGGGUGAUGAGGGGCUUCUCUAUGUUGGUGCUGGGUCUGCUCGGCCUUGCAGCUAGUGAGCUCUCCUGGGUGUGGAUAAAGAAGGGAGGGGAACGAAAGUACUUUAGAGCCUCUCUGCCUCCCAACUCAGAUAUCUGAUGAGCAAACCAGGAAAUCCAAGCAAGCAGUCUUCAGAAGAAUCUUCCUAGUCAUCAAAACCACUUCACUAUUCUUCGCUGUUUUGUUGCUCCUUUCUUCACCCUGACACCAUCCAUCUUAUCCCGGAUUCCCUCAUUCUCCUUUUAGUUUAGUCCCCAGUUGUUUUAUGAAAACAAUGUACUUAAAAGUAUUUUCUUAAGAUUUGUAAUGAGUGUUGUUUGCACUGUGUCUUCAUUCUAACGUGUUUGCGAUCACUCCGCUGCGGGAAGAACUGAAAUGCCGUCUUGUGAGCAUGACGUGACCGGGCUGUUUUGCUCCAGCCACUUUUCUUGUACAACCACGUGGAUGGACUAGAUGUCCUCAAAUCUUUUCCAUCUUCAGUUUCUAUGACUGUGGAAUAAAUGUUCAGAUAGAAACUUCA